AUGCACAAGAUGAUGCUGACAAGACUAGAUAUUGAAGUGGAGGUGGCUGCCAAUGGGAAGGCAGCUGUUGACCUUCACCUUGCUGGGGCUUCCUUCCAUCUCAUACUCAUGGACCUGCAAAUGCCUCUCAUAGAUGGCUCACAGGCCACAAAGGAGCUGCGAGGCAUGGGAGUGGCGAGCCCAAUUGUGGGGGUGACGGCGGCUUGCGAUGGCGGGCCUGAGAAGACAGCAUUUCUGGCCUCUGGCUUAACCGACUGUGUUUCGAAGCCACUGACGAUCAACAAGAUUGCCACCUAUCUUCCCGCUCCCAAAAACCCUUACAAUAACUAA